GCAUCAGGCACGUUGACUGGUGAAAUUGGGGAUUCGGUUUUUCUUUCGAGCGAGCGAAGAUGAUCGAGGUGGUGCUGAACGAUCGGCUUGGGAAGAAGGUGAGGGUGAAGUGCAACGAAGAUGACACGAUCGGCGAUCUCAAGAAGUUGGUGGCUGCGCAGACCGGAACCAGAGCUGACAAGAUAAGGAUCCAGAAGUGGUACAAUAUCUACAAGGAUCAUAUCACUCUCAGGGACUACGAGAUCCAUGAUGGCAUGGGCCUCGAGCUCUACUAUAGCUAAAUAAGGUGUCAUGCCAUAUGCCAAAUAAGAAAGACAUAACGAGAACAGGAUCACUGCUGGAUUUCUGUAAAGGAAAGCUUAUGUUGCCAUUCUUGUAUGUAUUAAACUGUCCUAUUGAUGAUCCAAAAGCACAAUAUGCCCACUAGUGUUAUUUUUAAUUGUAUGUUAUAUACAUUGCAUAUAUGAAUCCUUUCCUUCCAUCCGUCUUAAUAGUGAGCUCAAGGCAGUGUUCAGUAUUAA